AUGAAGGAGGCUCAUUAGAUUUUUGAUCGGAAGCACAGUUUCUUCAGCUUGAAUGGCAUACCUGGUCUGGGCUCUGAUAUCUGCAGCCUUCGCCCUAAUUCUGAGAUUGGUUUCCAUUGUGACGAUCGGAUGUCGGAGGAACAGACAAAGGGCUGUCGGCUUCUUCCACCCUUACACCAACGACGGCGGCGGCGGAGAGAGAGUUCUGUGGUGCGCCGUCAAGGCCAUUCAGGAGGAGCGACCUGAUCUCCACUGCGCCAUCUACACCGGCGAUCAUGAUGCUUCGCCUGAUACUUUGAUGGCGCGGGCCAUCGAUCGCUUUGGAGUCAAGCUGCUUUACCCUCCUAAGGUGGUGCACUUACACAAAAGGAAGUGGAUUGAAGAAACAACUUACACUCGCUUCACUAUGGUUGGUCAAAGCUUUGGCUCUGUCUAUCUCUCAUGGGAAGCUUUGUGCAAGUUUACUCCUGUGUAUUAUUUUGAUACUAGUGGAUAUGCUUUUACGUAUCCAGUUGCCCGGAUGUUUGGAUGUAAAGUUGUUUGCUAUACACAUUACCCUACAAUCAGCUUAGACAUGAUAUCACGUGUUCGUGGGAGAAGUUCAAUGUAUAACAACAACGCAAGAAUUGCUCACAGCACAUGGCUAUCUCAGUGCAAACUUGUCUACUACAUGUUCUUUAGCUGGAUGUAUGGGAUCGUUGGUUCCUGUGUGGACCUUGCAAUGGUGAAUUCUUCAUGGACUUACUCACACAUAGAAAAGCUUUGGGGCAUCUGUGAUCGUAUUAAGCUAGUCUAUCCUCCUUGUGACACUUCAGGUCUUCAGAUGCUUCCACUGGAAAGACCCGCACAAUCUUCAACAAUCAUAUCUGUUGCUCAAUUUCGUCCAGAGAAGGCACACAAACUUCAACUCGAGUCUUUUUCAGUAGUCAUUAAAAAAUUGGAUGCAAACAUCCCUAGGCCUAAGCUCCAAUUUGUUGGUAGUUGUCGGAAUAAUGCGGAUGAGGAAAGGUUGCAGAAUUUGAAAAACCUGGCAAUUGAAUUGAAGGUUGAAAAGGAUGUGGAGUUCCACAAGAAUCUGAUGUACAGGGACUUGGUGAGACUUUUGGGAGGUGCUGUUGCAGGGAUCCAUGCCAUGAUUGAUGAACACUUUGGCAUAAGUGUUGUGGAGUACAUGGCCGCCGGUGCCAUACCAAUUGCUCAUAGGUCUGCCGGGCCAAAGAUGGACAUCGUGUUAGAAGAAGAUGGACAGAGAACUGGAUUUCUUGCUCAAACUGUGGAAGAGUACGCAGAAGCCAUCCUAGAAAUUUUAAGGAUGCCAGAAAAUGAGAGACUAAAGAUGGCUGUGGCUGCAAGGCGACGAGCAAGCAGGUUCUCAGAAGAGAGAUUUUAUGAUGAUUUUAAAGCUGCUAUUCGGCAAAUUCUGUGAAAUCUUCUUACUAACGGAAAAACUUUAUACGGCAAACGAACUUUGUGAAGAGUAGAGCUGUAGAGGUUCUCCAUUUUUUCUGUGUUCCUAGUAUUUAACAUCUGACCAAGAUAGAAAGUGGAGAACAGUUCUUCUGUCUAUAUAAAGGGAGUCUGUUUUUUUAAGUCAGUUAAGCCAUAAUCAAAGAAAUUUCUUUUUUUUA